AUGCAGUUUGCAGUGAAUGUUUUGUUUUUGUUUUUUAAGCGGUACCAGCUGUUUUUGGACACGUGGACGCCAUAUAUCGCAGUCCGAUGGAUAACUACUGUGCUUUUCAGCUUCAUUUUCAUGGCACGGAUCGUUUAUCUACAGGGAUACUAUAUCGUCACUUACGCGUUGGGCAUCUAUCACCUGAAUCUGUUUAUCGCAUUUCUUACGCCGAAAAUCGAUCCUGCGUUGGAUUUCGAGAGCGAAGGUCCCAGCUUGCCGACUACUUCAAGCGACGAAUUUCGACCCUUCAUGCGACGCUUGCCAGAAUUUAAAUUUUGGUACUCCGCUACCAAAGCCAUAGUCGUGGCAUUUCUCGCAACCUUCUUUGAGGCGUUCAAUAUUCCCGUAUUCUGGCCUAUUCUCGUCAUGUAUUUUAUUGUUCUGUUCUGCCUAACGAUGAAGCGUCAGAUCAAGGUAAUCCUCUUGCCCUUUUUAUGCGGCUAA